AUGGCCACCUCAGCGGCUGGCCGCAUGCUCUCGCGCCAACUGCAGCAAAUGCAGUCGGACAAGGACAUUCCCGGAAUCAGCUGCGGCCUGGUCGACAGCAGCGUGUUUGAAUGGGAAGUCAUGCUCAUGAUCUCCGACGACUGCAAGUUCUACGGCGGCGGUUUCUUUCGUGCCCGACUCAGUUUCCCCUCGGAAUACCCUCACAUGCCCCCGAAAAUGAAGUUUGAGACGCCGAUUUUCCACCCGAAUAUUUACCCCAAUGGGGAUGUCUGCAUUUCGAUUCUGCACCCGCCAGAGGAGGACAAGUAUGGGUAUGAGUCCGCUGCCGAGCGAUGGUCGCCCGUGCAAACGCCCGAGACGAUUUUGUUGUCUGUGAUUUCCAUGCUGUCGAGUCCGAAUGACGAGAGCCCGGCAAAUGUAGAGGCUGCUCGACUGUGGAGGGAUGAUCCGAAGGAGUUUAAGAAACGAGUGAGGAAGUGUGUCCGAGAGAGCCUUGGAGAGGAUUGA